UUUUUUUCUCUCACUAGGAUCUGGCGUCAGUACGUUCGGCCAUCUUUGUUUGCCACCAUUCUCUGGUUGGAUUUGCAACGUUCUCGGUUCAACGAAAUUGUCACUUUGAAAGCCAAUCCAAAACUAAACGAGGCCGUUGAGAAAUAGAGCCUCGACACGUGGACAUCAAGAUGAGGAAGUUUUACAUUCUUGCGUUGUUGUUAAUCUGCAUUGGUUACAGCCAAGCCAAGUUUUGCUACAGCUGCACGGGGUACGAGGGUAGCUCAUGCGACCGCGAAGUCUUCUUUCGCGAGGACCCAAGAAUAGGCAAGAUAGAAUGUCCUCGGUACUGUUUGAAACGAUUCACCAAAGAUGAGUUCGGUCGACGCAUCACCAUACGCGGCUGCGGCGGAGACGGCUGCGAGGACAAGUGCGACGCCAGUGGCGACGAGUGCACCUACUGCUGUCAGAUGCACGACCUGUGUAACGGCGCCGGCGCAGUGACCUUUAGCCUGGCGCUCGUGGCGGGGGCGGCCAUGUUGGCUAGGCUGAUUUAGCCACAUUGGUGGGUUUUCCGUGUUGGCUGAUUUAGAUUCAACAUAACGCUGAGGGAAAAGAGCCCCUUUUAAUACAUGUAUUUAGUUUGAACUUGACAUACGACACCAACUUGCCCUACUGACAACAUGUGCACAGUGUCUAAAACGAAAUUCUUGAAAUGAUCGGUGAAAUUGUGUCUUUUUCGGACAUCCAUAGACCAAAUCAGAAUGAAAACGCUCUGUUCUUCGCCUUCUUUAUGUUACGUGCUUAUUUUCAUGGGCACUAUUAUAUGCUUUCCGAUGCAACUUUUACAUCAACCGACACAGAAUUCCAUCAAAAGAAUGAAAUUGACCAGUUGGUUAGCUCAUUGGAGGGGUUUGAAAAAGAUGGUUUUGUUUGUUGAUUUCAGUACUUUCUGUUUUUCCUUUUACGGGCCCUUCAAGUUUUAGUUCCAGGUUCUUUGUUAAGAACAACUUCAAUUCUUAUUCUUAGUAUAGUUCAACGAUGUAAAAACCUUGUAUAGAAAAACUUGUAAUGUGUCUUCCAUGUCAUUUUUUAAACGUGUCUUCAAUUUUUUUCAGAAGAUAGAUUUUUCAUUAAAAUUAACAGAACUGUAACAAGAUCAAAAUUUCCACACAAUUUACCACGUAAGGGCGUUAUUCAAUAUGGCGGCCUUGGCGUCUUCACAAUGAUGUACCAACAAUCAAGUACAGUUGGACCAGUUUUAACGCAUUCAGUCAUCAAUUUGACUAUGUUUUAUUUAGAUUGUUUAUUAUCUUGACCGUAGCAAGUCUUGACUGCCAUUUUCCUCUCAUCAUUCGUUGCUUCAUGCACCACUGAACAGCAAGCUGCGAGUUAGCACCAUAUCCAGAACAAUGUAAUGUUUUGGCAAUGCAAUAGUUAAGUCCUGUAGCCGGUAGAGAUGUACAUGUCUACUGUUUUAAGUAUGCAAAUCUGAUGUUUGUAUCAGUGCUUCGUCUCAUGUAGAUCUCUGUUUCCAGUGACAGGAGUAUUAAUGUGAUUAGUUGAAAUCGAACUUUGAGUCAAAUGAAGUUGACUUUGGAAGCCACUGUCAUGAUAAAUAUGAUCCCAUAGGACUGGAAAAUAAGUACAUCAUAUAGUAAAUCAGAUAUAGCCUUUUUAAUAGAUAUUUUCCAUUCUAUAGUUCUAGCCGAAUAGUAGGCCUAACUAUUUGGUCUUCAUUCAGUACAAAAUUGCACUUUGUUAAAAAAACUGUUUUGCAGAAAUUAUAUCAAAUUAGUCUAAUGCGAAAGUUUUGCACUUGUAAAUAUGUUUCUAAUAAUUAUGUACAUAUGACUUAAACGUUUUUACAAAGUACAAGGAGCUAGAAUUAACAUUAAGGGAUGAAAGAUUGUUUCAAAUAAACCAUCAUCGAUGACUAA